UAGAGACUACCCUAGUAGCAUAUUUUGUGGGAAGCAAGUGAAAAAUUCCUCUAUGCUUGCCUCAACGGCGCAAGAAGUGCUAACGAAUUUGAACAUAGUAAUCCCAAGAAUCCCAAAUUUUUUUGCAGCUACCAAGACACCUGUGCCUAAUAGUCAUGGCUUAUAUAUUUAUGCCUUUGCUCAAUGUGUUGAGACAGUCUCACAAAGUGGUUGCCAGGAUUGCCUUUACCAUGCGUUAAUCAACUUUCAUACUUGUCUUCCCAACUCAAAUGCGAGGGCUUAUGAAGCUGGUUGUUUCAUGAGAUACUCCACAAAUGCCUUUUUUGCUGAUAAUCAAACCAUUGAUAUCAACCACUUUUUGAAACAAGGUUCAAGGGAUAAAGGGGCUAUCAUUGGUGAAGUUUUCGGAGGUGCAGCAUUUGCUUUUAUCCUUCUUGCAUUAUUUGCUUGGAUUAGACUACCAAAAACUACUAAGGCUUCCAUAGGAGACAUAAUUGAAGCAACCAAUUUGAAUGGUCUGGUUACUUACAACUAUAACGAGUUGGAGUAUGCAACUAAUAAUUUUAGGGAACAAAAUAAACUAGGAGAGGGUGGAUUUGGUGCUGUAUAUAAGGGAAAUUUGAAAAAUGGAAAAGUAGUUGCAAUCAAGAAAUUAAAUUUAUGCAGCUCAAAAAGGAUACAAGAAGAUUUUGAAAGUGAAGUGAAGCUUAUCAGUAAUGUUCAUCAUCGCAACCUUAUCCGACUUUUGGGAUGGUGUAUUAAAGACUAUGAUAGAAUCCUUGUUUAUGAGUACAUGGAGAACAACAGUCUUGACAAAUUCAUAUUCGGUAAAAGGAAAGGUUUUCUCAACUGGAAGCAGCGAUAUGAUAUAAUUCUAGGCAUGGCAAGGGGUUUGGCCUAUUUACAUGAAGAAUUACAUAUUCGUAUAGUACAUAGAGAUAUAAAGCCUAAUAACAUCCUCUUAGAUGAUGAUCUUCAGCCUAAAAUUGCUGACUUUGGAUUGGCAAGACUUUUACAUGAGGAGAAAUAUCAUCUUAGUGCAAACUUUGCAGGAACAUUAGGAUAUGCAGCACCAGAGUAUGCAAUUCAUGGCCAACUAUCUGAGAAGGUUGAUGUCUACAGCUAUGGUGUGGUUGUUUUAGAAAUAAUCAGUGGUCAAAAAAGUAAGGAAUUGAAGGUUAAUGAUGAUGUUGAAGGUGAAUUCCUUUUACAAAAGGCUUGGAAACUAUAUGCAAGUGGCACACCUUUAGAGUUGGUGGACAAUACCUUGGAAUCCAAUGACUAUGAUGCAGAAGAAGUAAAGAAAAUCAUAGAAAUUGGCCUACUUUGCACCCAAGAAUCUGCUACACUUAGACCAACGAUGUCUGAAGUAAUUGGUUUACUCCAAUAUAGGGGUUUACUAGAGAGACCAUUAAUACCUAUCUUAUUUUGAAACUAAUCCAUAGUUACUUGCUCUACGCCUAAUGAAAAUUGCCUUGAGUUUUAUAACAUUAUUAAGAUGUUGUAUUAUUGACAAAAUUUUGGUCAAUUUGGUCAAGAUAGGCUAACACCUAUCAUUUAACCCCUAUUUAGUAUGUAUUCAAGCCCAUGCAUUGAAAAGUUAUAUUUUU